AUGGCAAAAUAUGGGUAUAAACGUAAAGAGCCAAUUUCACUAGAGAACACAACACAGAUAGCGUUAGAAGAAGAACGAGCAAUCAUAAAUAAAAAUAUAAAGUCUAAACGAAUUCACGAUAUUAUGCAGGGUGAAUCAACUUCAUCUUUUGUUUCAACAAAUAGUUACAAUAGUGGUUCUACGUUAUCAUUAAAUGAACCCGAAGUGAUCGUAAUCAACGAUUCAUCGGAGACCCCACCACCUCCUGCGAAUCAUGUUUCGGUUCUUAUACAGCCACCUACUCUAGAAAUAAAAUCUACUUCUGCUAUAUCAUCUAGCAGUACAACAAGUAGUAGCCAUAUUCAUAAUAAUAAUGGGAUUGAUGGAUUAGAGCAAGCAUUCUCAUCAUCAUUGGCCAUUAAUAAUAACAAUAAUGUAGUGACAAAGUCAUCAGUUCCUCCAAGUACUCCAACACAUCAAAACGUGACAGUCACUAAAGAGGGUAAAAAAAGGAUACAGCCUUUCUUUGUGAGAAGUUUAUCAUCACAGCCUCCAACACCAGUUCCCCCAGCAUUUGCAUCUUCUUCACAAAUAUCCACGGAAAAUAAACUCUAUACUACUUCAUCAACAACUUCAAAUGGAUCAUUUUCCUCACAAAAUCAUUCUGUUAUUAAUGGACAUUCUAUUCAAUUUGAAUCUCCCUCGUCAAUUUUACCGUCAGGCGGCAUACCGGCCUUAAUAGUUGGAAAUAAAAGAAAAGAAUCCUCAUCUCUGCCGCAAUCAUCAUCACUCGCAUCAUCAACAACACCUGAAACUGAUGGAACUCCCUCUAAAAAACAUCAUUCUAUUGCUACUGGAAAAUCAAAGAUUGAUAAUACCGCUACUACUUCCAUGGACACUCAAUUAGAUUCACGUGUUAUAAAUUCCGCUUAUUCUGCAUAUAUAUCUCCAAUGAUUACAAUGUCACAAGUGAGAUUAGCACAACCUAAAGUCUUGAAUAGUCUGAGAAAGGAUAUAGUGGGAUUCUCAAAUAGAAGGUUGGAAUGUCAAAAUUAUGUAGAUAAAAAGCCAUCAAAACUGAUAUGUAGUGAGGCCGAUAAUAUUUUGUGGGUAGAUUUUAUACCGAGUAAAGUAUUACUUUUGGUUGGCUAUGCUCGAUUUAGUGCGGCAGCGUGUGAUGAUGGUAGCCUCUAUGCGUAUUCAGCAGCGGGUAAACGACUAUUACCUCCAAUAAUAUUAGAAACUCCGGCAUCAUUUUUAUCAGGGCUGGAUAAUUAUCUCCUAUGUCUGAGUCAAGCAGGCUUAUUAAAUGUUUGGGAUUUGAUACGUCGAACAGCAAUAAUAUCAUCUGUCUCAAUAGCACCAAUCCUGCAAGCUGCUACACUGACAAAUACAAAGUUUAGUCAACAAACCAUUGUUUCCGCGACACUUCGUCCCAAUGGAAUACCUAUGCUAAAAACUACGAGUGGUGAUGUAUGGAUAUUUCAUUUAGAAAUGAAGAGUUGGAUGCGAGUCUAUGAUCCACGUUACACGAGUCUAAGAACCCAAUUUAAUGGCAGCGAAUUACCGACCGUAUUAUCGAUAUUGGAAGGGAAUUCUAUUGAGUCUGAUGACGAGAAAUCGAUGAUAAUGGAAUAUUUGAAUCCGGCCAGUAGUGCAACUAAAGAGACGCUACACAAAGAAGCUCUACACGAGGCGUCACAAUCAUUUGGACAAAUAGAGAAUGAAUUAAUAUCCGCAGAGAUAUUAAAUUCACGGAGAGAUUUUCGACGUAAUUUAGCUCUGUAUGCACAACAAUUGGCCGAUACCGGUUCUAUUUCAAAAGCAAAAGAACUAUGCGAAGAAUUGUGGGUUUCUGACAUAAAAGAGGGUGACUUAUCCUCAUCUGAACCAUCAAUUAAGGCAAAGAACAUCAAAUCACAAGCUUUUACGCGAGAUUCUUCCCAUACUAG